UUUGCGGUAAAGGGAAUUCCCUAGAUUGUAAACAUAGCACACGAGAGUCGUUUCUGUUUUUAUCUGGAAUUAAACAAGAAUGUGAAAACCCGUGAGCCUUUCUAUUCAUUGGACUCUUCAUAAAAUAUGUCCGUUUUACAAAGAUUCUGGACAUCAAGUUCAAAAGAUAAACAGAAAUCUGAUAAACAGUUAAUACCUGAUGUAGAAGAUCCAGCUGAUGGUCAGCCAUAUAAUCCAUAUACAGAAAUACUUAUAUUACAACAUCAUAAAGAUAUAGUGAGAUUAAUAUUACCUAUAGAUGACUUCAGAUGUGCUACAGCUGGUGAUGAUAGUAAAGUAGUUAUAUGGGAUAUACAGGAUGGGUGUAGUUUACAUGUUUUAUCUGGUCAUGAUCAUCCUAUAACGUGUAUGAUAUUACAUGGAGAAAUAAUAUUAACAGCUUCUUCAGAUAAAACUAUAAGGGUCUGGGAUAUUUAUAAUGGUCAAUGUCUUCAUAUACUUAAAGAACAUUGUAGUUCUGUCAAGAGUUUAGUAUCAAUUCCUGAAUCCACUUUAUUUGUAUCUGGUGGAGAACAUAUUUGUUUAUGGAAUGAAAAUGGCCAGUUAUUAAAGACUUUAAAAAGAACAGACACAGAAGAAGAUAUAUGUAUAAUGAUAAGUAUAAACCAUAACAGAAUAGUUACAGCUGCUGAUAAACAACUUGUUGUAUUUAGUGUGACACCCGCCGAUGAUGAUGAAGAUACAGAUGUUAAUAGUGAAAUGAGUUUAAUUAAAAGUUUACCACCACAUAGAGAAGUUAUACAUAGUCUUAUUAAAGUUUCUAAAUCCUGUUUUGCCAGUGGUUCUAUAGAUGGAAUGAUAGUAUUAUGGACAACACAUAAUUUAUUACCAGCUAAAUAUUUUAAUACAAUAACUAAUUAUCAAGGUGCCGAUAAAUUAUACCCAUAUAGUAUACAAUGUAUGUUCUGUCUGCAAGAGCAAUAUCUGUUUGCAGCCAUUGGUUCUGGUUUUGGUAUAUUUGAUGUUUCAGCUAGUAAAGAUGGUUUAAUCUGUAGAAAAAUAUCAGCUCAUUUUUCUAAAAUACUUAAUAUUGGAAUGACAAGAGAUGGGUCAUAUAUGUUAACAAGUUCAGAGGAUGGUUCUAUCAGGCUAUGGGGUAAACCACCUUCAAGCGAUCCAGAAAUUAAUGAAAAACUGAAUAAUUCCAAUAUACCAAUGGAGAAAUUCACCAGAUUAAGUAGUGAAGAAUUAAAAAGAUUAAAUGGAGAGAAUUGUUUAGAACCAGAAUUACUGGGAGAAUUCAUCGCACAUUCUGGUGCUGUUCAGACUUUUGUAGAUUAUGAUAAAGAAGGUAUUGUAUCAUGUGGAGCAGAUGGUUUAGUUAUAGUAUGGAAGAACUCAGAACUGCAGAAAGUAAAGAGAAAUCGUAUGAUAGCAGGAAUAUUAUCUAAUCAUGAUGGCAUUGUGUGAUGCUCAGUUUUAGAUAUAUCUAAUAUUUUUUACAAGUUAAUAAUUAAUAAUUUUACAAGUUAUUUUUAUGAUGUAAACUACACUACAUUCCACAUUGUUGGCAAAAUCAAUUCUGUGAAAGCGGACGUUAAAUAAAGCUACCGCUCAUACUUGAGUCACACACACACACCCACACCCACACCCACCCGCACACACACACACACACACACACACACCCGCACACACACACAUACACACACACACACACACACCACAGUUAUAUUUGCUUAGCUGUAGUUGAAUUCAUUCAGGGCUCUGGUUCCAGUAUUUUGCUAGACUCGAUUGGCAGGAGAACUUAAUUUGCAUGCCAGUCAUAAAAUCAGAAUUUCAAAGAAUUUAACCAUAACAAACAAUAAACUCCGAUAGUUUUUAUGUUUAAAAAACAAUUAUGAAUAAAUAUAAAAUUUGAGUAAGCUAAAAAAAAAAAUAA